GCACCAGCAGGAGAAGGGAGGAAGAGGCCGCAGCCCAUCGGACUCCAGAUCCCGCAGUCCAGCGCCAAGGACUCGCCGCGAGAAUUUCAACUAAGUCUGGCGACGGAGUUGUGGAGGCACACGAGCAGUUCGGGCAGAUCUCUGCAGCCUUUGCUGACAAGAUGGCCUCGAGUGUUCUCAAAGGGUGUGUGGCUAACGACCGCGACCAGGAGCUUUAUGCAGCAGCUCGUCCAAAGCAUUUCAGAAGCACGCUUUCGUGCCACCGGAUGGUUCCCCUCUUGGUCUUGAUAUGCUGA